GAAACGCCGGCCAGAGCAAGUGACGUGUCUAGGGAUGAUCAUCCACUAAGUGUUUACUCAAACUCCUCAGAUUGUCACAGAUUUUUAUUAAUUAUAACAGUGUAUGGAAUAACAAUUAGCGGAAAUGUUAACAAAGUUUGAAACCAAGUCCGCACGAGUGAAGGGGUUGUCGUUUCAUCCCAAACGACCGUGGAUUCUAGCGAGUUUGCACAAUGGAGUCAUCCAGCUAUGGGACUAUCGCAUGUGCACACUGCUGGAGAAAUUCGACGAGCACGAUGGUCCCGUUCGGGGUAUUUGUUUCCACAAUCAGCAGCCACUCUUCGUCUCCGGAGGUGAUGACUACAAGAUCAAAGUCUGGAACUACAAACAACGUCGCUGCAUCUUCACUCUCCUGGGUCAUCUCGAUUACAUCAGAACGACAUUCUUCCACCACGAGUACCCCUGGAUUCUGAGUGCCUCAGACGACCAGACCAUCCGAAUCUGGAACUGGCAGAGUCGCGCCUGCAUCUGUGUCCUGACUGGUCACAAUCACUACGUCAUGUGUGCACAGUUUCAUCCAUCAGAAGACAUGAUUGUGUCUGCCUCUCUGGAUCAGACUGUGAGAGUCUGGGACAUCUCAGGGUUGAGGAAGAAGAACGUGGCCCCAGGGCCUGGAGGCCUCGAGGAUCACUUGAAGAAUCCUGGAACGACUGAUUUAUUCGGUCAAGCUGAUGCAGUCGUGAAACAUGUACUUGAGGGACAUGAUCGAGGGGUCAACUGGGCCUGUUUCAACCCAACAUUGCCCCUGAUUGUCUCUGGUGCUGAUGAUCGACAGAUUAAAAUGUGGAGAAUGAACGAUCUGAAGGCUUGGGAGGUCGACACAUGCAGAGGCCACUACAACAACGUCUCCUGCGUCCUCUUCCACCCACGCCAGGACCUCAUGAUCUCCAACUCUGAGGAUAAAAGCAUCAGAGUUUGGGACAUGGCGAAGAGGGGCUGCCUCCAGACGUUCAGAAGGGAGCACGAGAGAUUUUGGGUACUUGCAGCCCAUCCCACACUGAAUCUUUUUGCUGCUGGGCAUGACUCAGGUAUGAUCAUCUUUAAACUAGAGAGGGAACGCCCUGCUUAUGCUGUCCAUGGCAAUCUCUUGUACUACGUCAAGGAGAGAUUCCUGAGGAAAUUGGAUUUCAGUACGUCCAAGGAUACCUCGGUCAUGCAAAUCAGGGGAGGAGGCAAAACCGCAGCCUACAGCAUGUCUUAUAAUCAAGCUGAGAAUGCUGUCUUGAUUACAACGAGGUCGGCCUCUAAUAUUGAGAAUAGUACAUAUGAUUUGUAUGUUAUUCCUAAGGAUGGGGACUCUAACAGUGAUCCUGAAACCAAGAGAGCUUCAGGAGUUACUGCGAUUUGGGUGGCACGCAAUCGAUUCGCUGUUCUGGAUAGAGGAUAUUCGCUGCUCAUUAAAAACCUGAAAAACGAAGUGACAAAGAAAGUUCAGGUUCCCAACUGCGAUGAAAUAUUUUACGCCGGAACUGGAAUGCUCUUGCUCCGUGACGCUGACCAGGUGAUCCUCUUCGACGUCCAGCAGAAACGUCAGCUAUCUGAGGUAAAAAUCUCGAAAUGUCGGUACGUCGUGUGGUCCAACGACAUGUCUCACGUGGCACUCCUCGCAAAGCACACAGUGACCAUCUGCAACCGUAAGCUAGAAUCUCUCUGCUCGAUAUCCGAAAACACGAGGGUAAAAUCAGGGGCUUGGGAUGACUCCGGAGUCUUCAUCUACACAACAAGCAACCAUAUCAAGUACGCCAUAACCACAGGGGACCACGGGAUCAUCAGGACCCUAGACCUUCCGAUUUACAUAACAAGAGUCAAGGGUAAUCAGGUGUAUUGCCUCGACCGAGAGUGCAGACCUAGAAUCCUGAGAAUCGAUCCCACAGAGUACAAGUUCAAACUGGCUCUGAUCAACCGUAAGUACGAAGAGGUCCUCCACAUGGUGAGGACUGCCAACCUAGUAGGACAAUCGAUCAUAGCGUACCUCCAACAGAAAGGCUACCCCGAAGUUGCUCUGCACUUCGUGAAAGACGAGAAAACACGAUUUGGAUUGGCCCUGGAAUGUGGUAAUAUUGAGGUAGCUCUUGAGGCUGCAAAGACCCUCGACCAGAAAACCUGCUGGGAGAGUCUCGCCCAAGCAGCCUUGCUCCAGGGGAACCACCAGGUCGUAGAAAUGUGUUACCAGCGAACCAAGAACUUCGAGAAACUCGCCUUCCUCUAUUUGAUCACUGGAAAUCUGGACAAGCUCAAGAAGAUGACUAAAAUUGCUGAGAUCAGGAAGGACUAUUCAGGGCAGUAUCAGGGAAAUCUUCUGCUGGGUGACAUUUACGAGAGAGCCAAAAUUCUGAAGGACUGUGGGCAAAGUUCCCUAGCGGCUGUCACAAAAAAACUGCACGGAAUCUCGACAGAGGAAGACGAGCUCGAAACCGAGCUGAUUGAAGAAAUGAGUGACUUGGAGCGUGGAGCGGUCUACCUCAGGCCACCAGUACCUGUGCAGCAAGCUGAAAACAACUGGCCUCUGCUCACGGUUUCGAAGGGCUUCUUCGAGGGGGCGAUGAUGUCCAGGGGGAAGAGCCAAGUGGCUGCAGCUCUGGCUGCUAUCGAUACAGAGGACGACACAGUAGCUGUCGAGGGAUGGGGCAACGACGAGGAACUGGGGAUGGACGAUGAUGAGGCUGCUGUGGUUGGUGAUGCAGGAGGGGAUGGAGAGGAGAAUGCAGGCUGGGAGGUUGAAGACGUCGACCUCCCCCCGGAGCUGGAGACAACUGUUGCUUCAGCCGAGGAUGGAUACUUUGCAGCACCGACUAAGGGAAUUCCUGUGACUCAGCACUGGGUGAAUAACUCACAGCUGCCAGUUGAUCACAUUGUUGCUGGAUCUUUCGAAACCGCCUACAGACUCCUGCAUGAUCAGGUGGGAGUCACAGAGUUCGAGCUGUACCAGACGCACUUCUUGAAUACCUUCGCUCGAUCCAGGACGAGCUACGCAUCACUCCCAAGCAUUCCCUCGCUCUACGCUUAUCCCCAGAGGAAUUGGAAGGAUACUACUGUCAAGCAUGGCCUUCCAGCCGUCGGUCUCCACUUAACUGAACUCGUUCAGAGGCUUCAAGUCUGCUACCAAUUGACGACAGGGGGAAAAUUCGCUGAGGCUAUCGAAAAGCUGCAAGCUAUUCUCCUCAGUGUACCUUUGCUGGUAGUGGAGACGAGACAGGACAUCGCUGAGGCACAACAACUGAUUCACGUUUGCAGGGAGUAUAUUCUGGGUCUAAAAAUGGAGUCUGAGAGGAAGAACGCACCCAAGGCGACGUUGGCUGAGCAGAAGAGGGUCUGCGAAAUGGCUGCGUACUUUACUCACUGCAAUCUCCAACCUGUUCAUCAAAUCCUCACGCUCAGGACUGCUGUCAACAUGUUCUUCAAGUUGAAAAAUUAUAAGACAGCUGGGUCAUUCGCCAGGAGACUACUGGAGUUGGGCCCUCGAGCGGAAGUUGCACAGCAGGUCAGGAAAAUUCUACAGGCUUGUGACAAAAAUCCUGUUGAUGAACAUCAAUUGCUUUAUGAUGAGCACAACCCGUUCUCCCUUUGCGCUGCCACUUAUUCACCGAUUUAUCGAGGAAAACCCGAGAUCAAGUGUCCGCUCUGUGGGGCCAGCUAUCAACCACAAUUCAAAGACACGCUUUGUAGGGUUUGCGAUGUAGCACAGAUCGGGAAGGAAUGCAUUGGACUGAGAAUAAGCCCACUCCAAUUUCGAUGAAUCUUUGAGUUAUGAAUAUUUUUAUUGGGGCAGAAGCUCGAGGAAAGUAUUGUGAAUUUAUUGUAAUAUUUCCAUUAUUUUGUAUCGCAUUUCGAAUAUUCCAUUCGAAGAUUAAUAUCUUCAGUGUUUUUCUCAUUGCAAAAGCAAUUGAUUUAAUAAAAUAGUUGAGCCAUGAGUUAAUAAAGUGCAAGGAUGCUGUAUAAA